UCACGCCCGUACCUGAGUUUCGGUGGGGAGAGGGGAAGGGCCAAUCCGGAGUGAACAACAUCAGCUCUUCAGUGUCCCCUGAGACAUUAAUUUGUUGUUAAUCGCACCCACAUUCGCCUAAAGGACUGAACUUUGAACUUUUCUGCAGCAGUUUGGGCUGAUUUGAAGAGAAAACGCGGUUUUAUCUCCAGCUGUUGGUUCUCAGGCCGACGAGGACAGACCUCUCCCACUUCCUGGUUUGCCACAGUCAGGAUGUCGGUCACCCCUCGUCGUGUCCGUCUCAAGCCCUGGCUGGUGGCUCAGGUGGACAGCGGGCGAUACCCGGGUCUGGUGUGGAUUGACCGUGACGCCAUGCGCUUCAGGAUCCCAUGGAAACACGCCACACGACACACACCUCAGCACGAGGACGAGGACACCAUAUUUAAGGCGUGGGCUGUGGAGACCGGGAAGUUUCAAGAGGGAGUCGAUGAACCUGAUCCUGCAAAGUGGAAAGCUCAGCUCAGAUGUGCCCUGAACAAAAGCAGAGAAUUCAACCUGGUCUACGAUGGCACCAAAGAGGUCCCCAUGAAUCCUCUGAAGAUAUAUGACGUCUGUGACAUCCCACAGCCCCUCAGUAACCAAGGCUCCUCAGAUGCUGGUUCUUGGACUCCACAUGAGGAAGAUGGUGGCGAUGAAGAUGUUCCAGAUACACCAGAGUCUCUUCCUCCAUACCCAUCCAAUGGCACCAGUCCCUCUCCUCUCAUCAUGUGGUCCCCUAUGAGCUCGGAGUCCUCCAUGCAGCCUCUCAGUUGUCCCCCUUCAAAUGAGACCUGGCCCAAAGAGGAGCCUGUUAAAAUCUGGCCUAAAGAGGAGCCUGUGGAUGUGGAGAUGCACACCACAGCCCUGAGUGACAUGCCUCCGGCUCCGCUGCCGGAUCAUCCUAUGCAGCCCCCUCCUCUACCGGACGCCCUGUUCGCCUCCCCGGAAAUGUGGAUCAGUUCUCUCCCGAUGACAGACCUGGAGGUUCAGUUCCUGUACAGGGGGAAGGAGAUGUGUCCCACAGCGAACGUCAGUAACCCGCAGGGCUGCAGGCUGUUCUACGGAGACCUCGGCCCCAUGGUCAACCAGGAAGAGCUGUUUGGGCCGGUGAGCCUGGAGCAGCUUCGCUUCCCGACCACAGAGCAUAUUACCAAUGACAAGCAAAGGGUUUUCACUAACCGCCUGCUGGACGUGAUGGACAGAGGUCUGAUCCUGGAGGUCAAUGGUCACGAUAUCUACGCGGUGCGGCUCUGCCAGUGCAAGGUGUACUGGUCCGGUCCCUGCGCUCCGAAUCCAGCUGCUCCAAAUCUCAUAGAGCGCCAGAGGAAGGUCAAACUCUUCUGCCUGGAGUCGUUUCUCAGUGGUGUGAUAGCCCACCAGCGAGGCCAGACACCAAGCCCUCCUCACUUUGAAAUCAGCCUGUGUUUUGGCGAGGAGUGGCCUGAUGGGAGGCCCAAAGAGAGGAAGCUCAUCAUGGUUCAGAUCAUUCCAGUGGUGGCCCGCAUGAUAAGCGAGAUGUUUUCCGGAGACAACACGCGAUCCUUCGACAGCGGCAGCGUUCGCCUGCAGAUCUCAAUCCCAGACAUCAAAGACAACAUAGUGACCCACUUAAAGCAGCUGUACUGCCUGCUUCAGACCCACCAGGGCCAGGACGGCUGGCCGUUGCCCCCCGGCCCGGGCCUGAACAUCGUCCAGGCUCUGCAGGCACAGUGAAGCAGCCCACAUUGUGAACUAACAUAUAUCCUAUAUCAUUGAGUUACCCACUGUUAGCAAAGAAGUACUUAUGUGUAAUCAUAUUUAGACGUGUGCACACUAUACUGUAGGAUUCUCAUGGUUUUCUCUAGAAAUGUGCCGAUGCUUUUCUGUAUAUAGAAGUAGAGCCUUCAUGCAUCAGGCUGUGUAUGUGUGUGCAGGAUCUGUAGACAGAUGUGGUGACUGCAUGGGCCAAAGUCCUGCUGGCUGCAAGGGAACAUUUAACUUGGUUAAUGAGUUACAGAAAUCUCCCCGUGCCUUAUUUAUCCUGAAUGGGUCAGUGAUUGCCUUAUUUAACUGCAGUCAGGAAACACUGACCUCAUACAAAAAGUUUUGAAACGGCACAUAUCUAGCAUGGGAUUUCUAUUUGUUGGAUAAAAUGUAGACACAUAUGAACUAAACUGUAGAUGGAUUUUUCCUCCUUUCAUUUAUAACUAAACAAUCCAUCUGUACUCGACAGUUUGAGGUUCAUUUCCAGCGUGUAUAAUUAGGUGUUUGACAAAAAGGUUUCCCUAUUUGACACAAGUAUCAGUUUCCUGACCUGCAGCUUUGUCCUCCAGUUGUUUUAUUUCCAGUCUGUAUCAUAGGAUAUUUUUGUAUCCAUAUCUUUGAUUUUUAAGCCAUUUGUUGUAUCCAGGCAGCCGUUUAACUAAACAACAUUCAGCUUCAUGGAUCUGUUUUAAUAUGGAUGCCACUGCACUUUGGGGUGCUGAAUUAUGUUUUAUGUCUAGUUGAAUUCAUCCUGUGAUUGUAGGUUUAUUUUAUCAAUAAAAAAUGACAAAGUAA